CGCAUUGGACGGCCAUGGCAAGCGCAAACCGUCGUCUUCAGGCAAUUCAGCGCAGCCUAGCCGCACCCGGCAGCUGGCGACGCGUCCUCGUUCUCCCGGAUGAGGCCCGCGUCGACGUCCUCCAGCCAAAAGACACCGCCCACCCGACCCACGUCGCGAUCGACGGCCAGCUCGUCGGCCUCUUCCGCACCCUCCCCCGCUCUCUCGCCCUCGUCGUCUCCGCAGUCGGCACCCCGCACGAGAACAGCGCAGACCACGUCCCCAAGUACCCCGUCCAGGAGAUCCUGCCCCCCGCGGCGGCCAGCGCAGAUGCGCCCGCAAGCAUCGCCAUCGCGGACCUCUGGGCGAUCGUCUACACCCUCUACACCCUCUUCGACACGCACGAGGCGAUCCCCCUCGUCCUCUCCGGGGACAUCCAAAACGCCGCCGAGCUGAGUGAGUACCUCCUCACCUCCGGGCUCGCGCGCAAGCGGCACACCCCGCCGGGCGACACCUCCGCCCAGGCCGAGCCCGAGUUCUUCACCCUCCGCCAGACGUUCUGGCAGGGCGCGGGGACCGGGCCGUGGCACCACCGCAGCUGGAUCCGCGGGCACUGCGCGCUGCUCGCGACCGCGCCGUUCCCGUACACGCAGUCCUUCACGCGCACGCCGCUCGUCGUCGCGUCCCACCCGCUGCGCCCGCCGAAGCCCGCCCCGGGCGCGGUCGUGUACCGCCGGUACGUGCCCUCGCUCGGCCAGACGGUCGAGUUCGUGCACAUCGACCCCGAGGGCAGCGGGCCGCUCGUGGAGUGCGAGGGCGAGAUGGUGUCGCCGCACCUUGCGACGUUCCACCGGUGGCAUAACUCGGAGCAUGUGAACCGUGGUUGGGGCGAGCGUGGGCCGCUGUCGAAGCACCGCGACUACAUGCGCGCGAUGCUGGCGGACCCGGGCGCGUUGGCGGUGAUGAUGUGUUGGGACGGCGAGCUCAUGGGCUACUCUGAGCUUGUAUACAUCAAGGAAAACCACGUUGCGCCGUACGUGCCCGAGGGUGCACGGGACUACGAUCGUGGACUGCAUAUCCUCGUAGGCGAGGAGAAGUACAGGGGCAUUCACCGGUCGAAAGCCUGGAUCGCGGCAAUCCACCACUUCCUCUUCCUCUCCGACCCGCGCACCGAGCGCGUCAUCGGCGAGCCAAAGGCCACAAACGACGCCGUCAUCAAGCUCUCCGUCGCCGUCGAGAUGAACCUCAACACCAUCUUCGACUUCCCGUACAAGCGGAGCGUGAUGACGUGGCUCCCGCGCGAGCGGUUCUUCAAGUACAACCACCUCGCGUUCGCGGAGGACCGGGAUACGCACGAUCCCUCUGCCGCCGCCGCUGCGCCGAAGAGGAAGUAGCUGUCGCCGUAAGUGCGACGCUGUGGGAUGAAGGCUGCGAACACAAACAUUAAUAUUUUAGUCAUGUAAGGGAUGUUGGUGAUAUGGGCAUAUGUGCGCACUGUUGGUUCUUUUGGACCCUGC